GGACUAUUACUACCAGCAUGUAGUAUGGGUAGACACCAACCAGGUUGCUGUAGUGUGGUUAAACCGGCCACAGAAUAUCUCCAUUCUAACACUAUGCCAGGUCAAGACGGGAGAAUGUACUAUCAAGCAUGACUUAAGGACUCCGGAUGGAUGGGUUGUAGAUCGAGGGCCACCAAUCUUUUCCAAGGGAUCAUCAGAGCUUGACUAUGUGAGGAUUCUACCACAAAGAGAGGGUUCGUCUGGUGACUACCUGCAUUUAGCUUUAGUAUCAACCAAUGAAGCACCAGGACAAGUGACCUUCUUAACCCGAGGUCGUUGGGAGGUCACAGAGAUAGUCGCGUAUGAUAAGUCCGAGAAGUUAGUGUACUUCUUGAGCACAGAGCGAUCCAUACGAGGCAGACAUCUUUAUAGUGUGAGUACGGAAGAGCCGAACAAACGUACCUGCUUAUCAUGUGACGGUCAGGCCAACUGCACCUACUACAGUGCAGCCUUCAGCCCAGAUGGAUCCUGGUUCAAACUCAACUGUCUAGGCUUUGCUGUCCCUCACACUAUCAUGAAAAAGACUGGUACUGACCGCUCCGUCGUUGUAGAGACCAAUGAAGUCCUUGCUAAGGCCCUGAAAGAGAAGUCCUUUCCAAACAAGACGUUCAUGGAGCUUGAAGUUGGAGACUACACUAUUCCGAUCCAGCUAUGGGAGCCGAGAGUGAAGGAUGAUAAACGGAAACAUCCCAUACUGGUUAACGUCUACGGGGGACCAGGCUCUCAGAUGGUCAAUGAUAAAUUUGAGUUGGGAUGGAAUGCCUACCUGUCCAGUAAAUACUACGUGAUUAUCGUAAACAUCGACGGACGAGGUUCAGGAUUUCAAGGACAGAAGCACCUGUAUAAGAUUUUUAAACGGCUUGGGACAUUGGAAGUGGAGGACCAACUUAUUGCAGUCAGACACAUCCUUAAGAAUAUUGAUUACGUAAAUACCACCAAAGUAGGCAUAUGGGGAUGGUCCUACGGAGGUUUUGUGGCAUCUAUGGCACUCAGUUCUGAUGAAAGAAUCUUCAAGUAUGGAAUAGCAGUUGCACCGGUUACAGACUUCAGAUAUUACGACUCUAUUUAUACUGAGCGUUAUAUGGGUCUACCUGCGGCAGUGGAUAACUUGCAGGGUUAUAAGCUUACCAAUGUAUCAUCGAGAGCCAAAGCUUUCAAGGGUCUAAAUUAUUUCCUAAUCCAUGGCACAGCCGACGACAAUGUCCACUUCCAGAACUCGGCUGACUUGGUGAGAUCUUUGGUGCAAGAGGAAGUUAUGCUCAGAACACAGUACUACCCUGACCAGAAACAUGAUUUGGACGACCCCCAUGUUGAGAGACAUCUUUACGAUGCUAUGUCAGAAUUUGUGCAUGAAAGUAUCCAAAAGAAAUAUCAAAACACGGAACUAUAGUGAUAUACUGAAUUGAACUUAUGAUGAAGUUUUUUAAGGUUAUUGCAUCUGAAAUCAAGAUUUACUCUGCCACCUGAACAGCAUGGAUUGACUGGACUUAGAAUUGUUUUAGAGUUCCUCUUGGUAUAUAGCCAUUAGAACAAUGGGUGCAAAGGAAGACAGGAUGGACUUAAUUUGAGGUCGAACCUAAAACACCAGGAUUACAACACCAGUGUUCAAGCAUCCUGCUUGCUGUUAGGUUGUAACUGUUUUUAGAAUCACAACUGGGUCUACAAAGACUUUGAACCUGAAACCUGUUUUUACAGUACCGGUGGCUCUACCAGUAAUUACGUCAAGCUCGGAACUGCACUCUAUCUAGUUCACUACAAAGUGUUUUUUUAAAUCACAAUUGGGUCUACAAAGACUGAUGAAAUGAAAGGGGAUUUGAACCUGAAACCUGUUGUUUAUACUACCAGCAAUAACAUCAAGCCAUGAACUUCACUCUGAAUCUUCACAAAGAAGGAUCUACUCUAAGUUGAACCAACAACCUUCAAGACACUUACCUGUUGUAAUUUCCCUUGAUUGCCAUACCAAUCUCUGCAGUAUUGGACUGAUAGAUGUUCUCUGUGAUGUCAGGGUGUGACAGGUUUUGUUCAGCAGUGGCUAUGCAAAGAUACAUGGAAUGGUCUAUAACCCUAGCCAGACAUAGCCAAUUGUUUAAAGAGAACCAAUGAAGCUGUCAAUGAGCGAGAUACAACCUACAGGUGGGAUGGGAACCCAGAACCACCAAGGUGAAAGCUCAACUCCUCUUCAGACAUCUUCAACUUUGUAUCCAGACUAUUUCAAACUAUAAACCUGAAUAUUAGUCAUAUGGUCUUGUAUUCGGAACAUUCCUCAAGUCCGAUUGUAAAAAGUGUAAAUGAUCUUUGUAUUAUAUAAAUAUUAUAUAUAUGUACGUGUAUAUUGGCUUUUCAUCAUGUGUAACAAACUGAAUUUUUUUAUGUAAAAAAGGUGAAAAUGUGGAUUUUAGUUUAUGUUGGAUGGGGAGUUUGGAAAGUUUGUAUUAACUAAUAAUGCUUACUAAUUAUUCAGAUAUAUACCACUGCAUUGAUAUUUUAUGAAAUAAAAAUAACAAUAAGGUUUUAUAGUGGCACUUAUUCAGAUGUUUUAUAUGUUGCUGUUUGCUUUGAUCAGCAACGUUUGUUUAUUACAAUCUAGCACUAGAAAAUCCUUCAUACUUAAAACGCUUAAGGUCAUUUUAUAAAGAGUGAGAUUAUGGUCAUACAGUUCAUUUUUAAAAGAGCUUGUGGUUUUUCACCCUUGUUUUCUGAUUUUCCCUAGGAACUUGCCAGACUUUUGCUACUAAACUAUUAAAUAAGUUCAAAAGAAUUACUAGAGAAGAAUUAGAGCUCAAAAACUAGGUUUUACAUGAACCAAAGUAAGAGUGAAAGAGGAAUUAGUCUGGCGCCGUUUUGGCUGCAUGGUAAACAGUAUUCAAUAUUGUUAUGUCCAGAGGGAACCUGACUUCAACAAUGGUGGCAUCAUAAGAUCUAUACAUGUGCUCCAACCUCUUGGAUUUGUUUAAUGACAUAUAAAAACAGACCCCCCCAACAAAAAAGGGGUUUUGUGAAAACCUUUUUAAAUAUGUAAAUAACUUUUAUAAAUGCUAUCCAUUCUUGUCAAUUUGUUGUCUUGAACUCUUCAAAUUUGGGUGUAUGAAGUAAAAAGUAUGGAACUUAAAAUGUAAAAUUUACCUUUUCGUUCUUGCAAAGUAAGGCAGGAAGUGAGAAGAGUAGACUGGUGCUGAUAGGUAUUGAGAAACAGUGUUCUUAGAGACAAUGACUACUGGGAACUAGUCUGUGUUACCAGACUGACUGAAUCACUAGUUAGGGGACUGAGGCUGUAUUUGAUCUGGCAGCUACACUAACGGCUAUGGCUGUUGCUAAGGGUGUUGCUAAGUGCAUCCUAUACUUCAAGGCAGGGUGGUGUAAGCCAUAGCCGCCAAUUCUGAAAUGGCUUAUUCUCUUAUUGGUGAGGGACCAGUCUGUAUUUAUCCUUAGUUUGAUUUCAACACGACUUUUGAGGGAACAAUUAGAAUAACACUUUUAAUCAAUCUGAUGUGCACUGACUCGCUCGUUCAUAAAUGCAAAAUAUCUUAACCGUUUAAUAGAUAUUAAAUUUGCAUCAGCGAUAAAGAAUAUUCAUUUUGGGUUUACCCUUUAAUCAUGGAGGUAGAAACACCACCAAUGUGUGUUAUCACUGUAUACUCAGUAAUUUACCAAGUUCUGCAAAUCACAUGAAAUAUUACUUAGUUGGGAUUCCAACCCACAACCUUUGCAAUUCUGGAGCAGUUGCUUAACUGUUUAUAGUAAAACCUGUUCUAUUACAUAAGCAGUGGAUGUUACACCAUGGGUAUGCAGUGAAUUGGGCUGUUUCUUCAACUUGUACAGGAUUGUAUUGUUUGAAUACAUUGCACUUAAAGCAUCACAGGCUUCUUGUACACAGCACCAAUAUAUACCCCAUUGUUAAUGCUCAGUGAGAGUUAUGUAUUCUAGUAAAUACAGGAACAAAAUUAAAAGGUUAUUGUACUUGGA